AAGAGAGUACACUGUAUUACUAAAACAUAAAAAAGAAAGGUACAUUAAAAAGUCCGUUUUAAAGAAUAGCUUGGACUUUUAUUUUAACAAGGUGGCAGCUUUGCUCAACGCGUUGCCAGACUCGCCGUUCAAAUGUAAACAAAGGGCAAGCACCGUUAAAUGGCACAAGUGUAAAAAUGUCGUAUAUUACAGUUAUUAAUAAGGAGAAUGCCAUAGUGUUGACCACACCCAAGCGCAAUGAGCUGCUCCGAGACGGUCCAACGGAGUCCAUGUCCCACAGGUGCCACGUUUUGGGUCGCGGCGCUUACGGCACCGUGUUCAAGGCAGUUUAUCGAGAUCACUCUGUGGCACUGAAAGUAAUCAAAAACAGCGCCAUAUCCACUUUGCACAACGAGUCCCACGUUCUCAACUGGAAUCAUAAGAAUAUAGUUCGUCUGAUGAGAGUCGAAUCGAAUGCAGAGUUUGGCUUGCUCAUCAUGGAGAGGCCCAAUGGAUUGUGUCUACAAAGAGUGACCGACACGCUUGUUUUGCCUUUGGUACACAGAGUGGUUAUUACGCUUGAUGUGCUGGCUGCCCUAAGUUACUGCCAUGGUCAGGGUGUAUUGCAUCUGGAUGUAAAGCCUCCGAAUAUAUUGAUUGCAUUGGGUGGCAAGCCAAAUUCGAUGGGAAAACAAUCAGUGUAUUAUCGCAGCUAUAUAUGCAAACUAUGUGAUUUUGGCUCCUCCGUCAAGCUGGAUGAGCUGUGCAGCAGUCAAAUGAAUACAAAGGGCACGCUGCGAUACAUGUCUCCAGAAGCAUUGCGAUCGGCGCCUUUAACAUGUGCCUCUGAUAUUUAUUCCUUGGGGAUCACCAUGUGGCAACUGCAGGCACGUCACCUGCCCUUCUAUCAACUCAACUGCAAUGAUACCAUUGCCUAUCAAGUUGUGAAAUACGAUCUACGACCAGAUAACUCCGCACUGCUCGAGGAACUACAGCUCGGUUCCGAUCACACCGAAAUUGUGCCCUUAAUCAGCUGCGAUUGUGAGGAGCGUGGCCAAGGUAUAAAGAAUAAUAACGCCGUCGAUCGCAUGUGUAGAUACAUGAACCGAAAUAAUCCACAGUUGGAUGUAGUACUAUCAACGGAGUUGUACAAAAAAGCUCGUCGCAAUCUCAACUUUGAUAGCUCACAUGGUCGUGUGAGCAAGCGAACACUUAAACAGCGCAGCAAGCAACCCAGAUUGGCAAAUUAUUUCGAUAAUCUGUCAACGAUUUCAGUCACAUAUCUGGAAAGUGCAUAUAGCGAACUAUAUAAGAGCUGCUGGCUCAGCCAACCUCAGUUGCGUUUAAGCUCAAUUGAGCUACAAAAACAUCUCGAGUUGAUUUUGGCUAAAUGCUUUGCCAACUAG